AUGGCGAAGUCGGAUUUUGCAUUUGAAUUUUCUGAUCUAUCCGAAAUGGCCUCUUCUUCUGAUUCACUCCGUGAGUCCCUUAUGUCCAAACUUAUCUCUGAGUUUGCCAUGAAGGAUUUUGGUCCUCUUAAUUAUUUCUUGGGUAUUGCUGUUAAUCGUACUUCUUCGGGCCUCUUUCUCUCCCAACAACGGUAUGCCUCAGAAAUUCUUGAAAAAGCUGGCAUGUCUCAAUGUAAUCCUGUUGCUACUCCUGUUGCUACCUCCGACAAACUUUGUGCUAAUGCUGGUUCUUCUUGUGAAGAUCCUACCUUGUAUCGUAGCCUAGCUGGAGCUUUACAUUAUCGCUCUAAUAUUUCGACUCUUUUGUCCUAUACCGAUGCUGAUUGGGGUGGCUGUCCUGAUACUCGCCGCUCCACUUCUGGUUACUGUGAUUUUCUGGGUGAUAAUCUAAUUUCCUGGUCUGCUAAACGACAACCUACUGUUUCCAAGUCUAGUGCUGAUGCUGAAUAUCGUGGUGUUGCUAAUGUUGUUUCUGAAACUUGCUGGAUUCACAAUUUACUUCUUGAGCUGCACUGUCCUAUUACCACAGCUACUCUUGUCUAUUGUGACAAUAUUAGUGUCGUUUAUUUAGCUGUUUUAGAUAUUAUAGAUGACUUUGAAGUGUUUUCAAAUGAUGAAGCAGACAACAUUGGAUCAAAAGUAGGCAUGAUGGAUAUUAGUGGAGUUUGCGGACAGCGUAUUAGCUUUGAAUGCUGA